UUUAGGUUUAAAACGUCUACUUAAGGCUGUCAACGACGUUAGAAGUUAAAACCUGCAGGUUCUGUCGGUGUUAACAGCGCAGAGGUCUGAACGCGCUGAUUUGCUGCAUACCGCGGCUGCACCCGGCGGAUCUGGAUACCGGGAGGCGACCUCAUCAAACGACCGCUAUUGGUCACUUCAGGAAGAACGCGCCGGCCGCAUCGAUAAAACUGGGUCAUAUUAAUAAAGCGAGAAAGCCGAACAGGUGUGACGGGUCUGUGAUGCUUCGGUGAGCGAUGGCGGAGGCUGUGGAUGAGUCGGACUCCGGGCCGCACCGCAGCAGCCAAAGCCACCCCCUCCCCACAUCUCCACCUGAGCUGCACCCGGUGGACCGGCAGGCCAUCGUGAUCGAGACCUGGGACAGCACGGACGACAGCGGGCUCGCCGUGUCCGUGGACCGCGAUGAGGAGGGGCCCUCCGUCUCCUCCUCCGAAGAGAGCUGUUCCGGGGCGGGACGGCCAGGAGAGGGCAGGGACGCUCGUUCGCCCCCCUCCCAUGCCCCCGUCUCCCCCUCCUCCCCUGGGGUGCUGGGGGACCGCUCUGCCUCAGCCCCUGCCUUCCUCCUGCCCACGAGCUCCACCCCUGCCGCCCAACCACUGGUCAACCUUGUCAAGUCCUUGUCCACGGAGAUCGAGUCCAAGGAGGGCUCCUCCCCUUCCUCCCUCAGGCCCAAGCCCCUCCUCAGCCUGGUCAAGUCGCUCUCUACAGAGAUCUCCCGCCGGGAGCCGGAGGUGGCCCAGUCCAAGUCCGACUCCAAGCUCAACCUGCACCUGUGGAAGCAGCUGACCCAGUCCAAAGGCCAGGAGGAGGAGCCUGGAGCAGCCCCUCCGUCCCCCACCAGCCCCUCCCCCACGGAGCCCAAAGGGAGGUUCUUUAAGGCUGAGCUGGAGGACACCCGGCGCAAAUUCUCAGAGGCCAUGCAGGAGCCACUGAGCAUGCUCAGCAAGAUCAUCGGGGAGGACAGCCCCAAGCAACAGAGGGCGGCUGGGGCAACCGACUCCCCAGGGGGCGGUGGCUGUGGGGGUGGGGUAAGGGGUGGGGCCCAGGGCGUCGUUGACAGGGAGGCCAUGGAGGUGGAGGGUGAAAGGGUGCAGCGGGCUGGCGGUGAACUUCCGCCUGCCUGCGCCACGCCAGCAAGAAAGCCAAGGAGGAAGCUGGACCUCUCUCCUGCACUCUCCCGGGACAACAGGUACGAGAUCUGCACGUACGGAGACGUCAUCCAGGUGGUGGAGAUUGCGGGCCCCGCCGCCAGGGACGGCGUGGUGGCCCGGCAGGGACAGGAAGGACAAGGGCCCCAGGGACUGACGCGCUCCGUGCCGGGGAUGUGGCUGUUCUGCGUCUCCGUGCUGGCCUAUAGCUUCUUUGUCCUGCCUCUGCCCUCCUAUCUGGCGGGGCUGGCACUGGGGCUGGCUGGCGGCUUCAUGCUGGGCCUGCUGGUGGUGUUCCUCCUGGCCCCGCGCCGCUCCUUCACGUGCCCACACAAGAAUGCCCCAUCCCAGCAGGACAGCCUGAGGACCCAGACGCCCGGAGGAGAGCACAAGCAUCCAAAGGUCCUGGAGGGGUGGAUGAACGAGAUGCACGCGUACGACCCUGAGGCCUACCACCCGUCCCUCACCCAGCCCGUGCACGCCACCCUGGAGGGCUGCCGCCUGCGGCUGGCGUACCCCCGCGGCACCAUCCCGCGCCGCGCCACCUUCCACGACUCCCCCCAUGAGGCCGUCUUCGUCCGCUCACGCCGCUUCCAGCUGACCGGCAGCAAGGUGUUCCUGUUGCCAGCCGCCCUGGCACGCAAGCGGGUGUGGAACAAGAAGUACCCCAUCUGCGUGGUGCUGGCAGAGGGAGAGGAGGGAGGAGAGGAAGAGGCCCUGGGUGAGACGCACGAAGAGGAGAAGGUGGGGGCGGGGGCGGGGGCGAGCCCGCCCCCCGUUGCCCAGCCGGGCAUCCCCACCACCCUCUACCUGUUCGGCCGGACGGGACGAGAGAAGGAGGAGUGGUUCCAGCACCUGCUGGCUGCAUCCAAGGUGGGAGACCAGGACGGGGACCAGGACAGUGGCUCCAAAUCCGAUGUGUCCGCACAGCAGGGGUCCAGCCCCAUGGAUCAGGUGCAGUGCGAUGAGGGCUCCAGCAGGGGGAGCUCUGAGGACAUCCCCUCUCUGUUGCGGCUGAAGGACCUGGCGGGCAGCAUGCGGGAGAAGAUCUUGUUGGACUACAGCGCCUACAUGGCCCGAUUUGUCAGCCCCCCGCCCAGCCCCUCACAUGUCACUGGGGACAGCUUCUCGGACGACACCAAGCCCUGUGAGCCUGCUAGCAGUAACGGUGAGGCCCAGACAGUCUGGAUCAAUGCCCUCAUUGGGAGGAUCUUCUGGGACUUCCUCCGUGAAAAAUACUGGGCCGAUCAGGUGGCCCACAAGAUCCAGAAAAAGCUGACGAAAAUCAGGCUACCAUACUUCAUGAAUGAACUGAUCCUCGCCGAGCUGGACAUGGGCACAUGUAUGCCACAGGUGGUGAGCACCUCCAAGCCCUCCGUCGACAACAGAGGUCUGUGGUUGGAGCUGGAGGUGGCCUACACCGGCUCUUUCCAGAUGACCCUGGAGACCAAGAUGAACCUGUGUAAGCUCGGGAAGGAGGGUGGGGCAGAGGCCGACAGUGUGCCGGAGUCUGGCAGCGUGAGCUCCAGGCCCAGGCUGUGUGUUCUGGCUGACAGUGAUGAAGAGUCUUCGAGUGCUGGCUCCUCUGACGAAGAGGAAGUACCACCCUCCGAGCCCCAGGGAACUCAGGGAGACAAGGGCACUCCUGCUGGCGCUGACGUUCACGGUGGCGGCAGCACCAGCAGGAAGAUUUUGAGGUUUGUGGACAAAAUUGCCAAAUCCAAGUACUUCCAGAAGGCCACUGAGAAUGAGUACAUCAAGAAGAAGAUAGAGGAGGUGUCCAACACACCCCUCCAUCUCACUGUGGAAGUGCAGGAGCUCUCUGGAACACUGGCUGUGAACAUUCCACCACCCCCUACUGACCGAAUAUGGUACAGUUUCCGUGUGCCCCCCCGCCUGGACCUACGUGUGAGGCCGAUGCUUGGCGAGAGGGAGGUCACCUUCACUCAUGUCACUGAGUGGAUCGAGAGGAAGCUGCAGCGGGAGUUCGAGAAAGUGCUUGUGAUGCCUAACAUGGAUGACCUCUACCUGCCCCUAAUGCACUCUGGCCUGGACAGUCCUCCAACAUCCCAUCAUUCCCCGGUGCCACACUCUCACCAGUCACCAGAGGACAUGGUGCAGGGGGAGGAUUCUGUGUUUGAGUAGCGCCCUGCAGUGGAGAUGUACGGAAACGCACCCCCAUGCUCUGAGCAGCCUUCAAAUGGAUAUGUGAGGAGGUUGGAGGGUGGGGUCAGUGCACUGCUAAGCUGUAAGGAGAGUUUGGGUCCCCUGUCAAACACAUGGGUCUGCAGUUCAUAAGACUGACAGGCUGGAGCUGGUGAUUAGACUGGCCUGCUUUGGAGGGGAGUGAAACGGGUGCUACUGACUGAGCACAAGAGAUAUCAGCACCCCCUGGAGUCCAGCACUGGGAUAGCAUAUGUGUACAGCUUCAACAUUCGGUCUGUAAGCAGUACCAAACUGAGGCACUGCUGAAAAAAAACUGUUUAAAACAGUACCAGCUGGACUUGGGCAAAAGAUGUGCAGUGAAGCAUGCUGGGAUAGCUUUGUGGACUUCCAUCUUGUUACCAUGAGGUUAUCUUCAAUGAUUCUGAAGCUCAAAAAGAGAAGACUCCUAACUGAACUGCAUGGGCAAGGGGAUGUUGCACGACUGAGGUGUGGACUUAUCCUUACAAUGAGGCAGGAGCAUUGCAUUGUGGCUGGACUUUUCCCUCUCCUUGUAAAAGCUGUCUCCUCAUGAACAGCUGUAGAGGCCCGCAGAGAGGGGUCAG